UCUUGUGGUUUUUGUUGCCAGUCAUAGAAAACAAAAUAUAUGUGCAUGAUCCUCAACCACUGCUAUAUCAUAAUUAGUGACAAUAAAAUGGCCAACACAGUUAGCACACUCAAGAAAUUAUGCAACAACUUAUAAUCAAGUAAUCUACCAAUUGAUUCCCUGGUCAUGGAGCCUACCCCAACUUGUUUGGGACUAAAGGCUUUGUUGUUGUUGUUAUUGCUGACUAUGCAGUAAGUAGUAGCAUAUCACUACGUGAAAUUACGCUACACUGCUACAAGGGAUGUUGACUAACAUAUUAUGUUUCUACUUUCUGCACAAGUGAUGAUGAAACUUCUCUUGAAAAGCUAGCAUACAAGGCAAUUGAAUAUUGGGCUUCAGACUCACAUGCAGCUAGGAAUAUCAAAGUAGAAUUGACCUGACAUUGUUGCUAUGGCUGAGAUAGGAACUAGGAAGCAUGCAGUUUGGAUUGGAGCGGAAAAACGUAGUAAAGUGUGGUUGCAUCCGAAUAGUAUGUUUCCAACGUGUGGUUAUAAAGAGUAGUAUUACUCUGUUGAUUAAAUUACUUGCACAGUAUGUUUCCAAAAAUUUGUAUUAUUAUCUUACAGUUUGGUUGGUUGUCAGGGUGUAUAUGUUGAUCAUAAGAGGGGUAGAAGUUAAAUAUAAUCUCCACAAAUUCGGAUUAUGACUUUAGUUAUCUUUCACAACAGACAUCCUGGUUCCUGCGUUGCUGAGGUCACGGGUGAGGAGCUAGCUAGCUAGCUAAGUCGAUCAUGGAGGUGUGGCCGCCGCUGCUGGUUGUUAUCUUCACGCUCUAUGUUGUCUCUCCCUGCUGCGGCCUUGAGGCCGUGGCUAAGAACGUGACUGUGGCACAACUACUGCCGAUUUCGUCGUACCAUGGGGGUUUGGCUACCUACAAUGCCAAGAACUUCGGCGCUGAAGGCAACGGCACCAACGACGAUACCAAAGCGUUGAUGGCAGCAUGGAAGGCAGCGUGUGGUGCAUAUGGCACGGUGACGCUGUUGAUCCCGCCGGGGACGUACUACAUCGGGCCGACGAAGUUCCAUGGUCCCUGCAAAGCCUCCGCCAUCACCUUCUUGCUCCAGGGGACGCUCAAGGCGGCGACGGAUCUGAGGCGUUUUGGCAACGACUGGAUCGAGUUCGGGUGGGUGAAAGACCUCACUGUGGCCGGACAGAACAAUGCCAUCAUCAAUGGCCAGGGCGCCGCCUCCUGGCCCUUCAACAAGUGUCCCUUCCAAAAGGACUGCAAAGUCCUCCCCACUAGCGUGCUGUUCGUGAACAACCAGAACACGGUGGUGCGCGACAUCACGUCGGUAAACAGCAAGUUCUUCCACAUCGCACUGCUGCAGAGUAAGAAUAUGAAGUUGAUCAACAUCCAGAUCAACGCGCCGGAGAACAGCCCAAACACAGAUGGCAUCCACAUCGAGCGAAGCACGGGUGUGGUGAUUUCCGACACCCAUAUCAGCACAGGAGAUGACUGCAUCUCCAUCGGCCAGGGGAGCGACAACAUCGACAUCGCCCGCGUCCACUGCGGCCCGGGGCACGGCAUGAGCGUCGGCAGCCUUGGACGGUACGUGGACGAGGGCGACGUCACCCGCGUCCACGUCAGGAACAUGACCUUCGUGGGCACCAUGAACGGCGUCCGGAUCAAGACGUGGGAGAACUCCCCUACCAAGAGCCUCGCCGCGCACAUGCUGUUCGAGAACAUGACCAUGAAGGACGUGCAGAACCCCAUCAUCAUCGACCAGAAGUACUGCCCUUACUACGACUGCGAGCACAAGCACGUCUCCGGGGUCACCCUCAAGGACAUCACGUUCAAGAACAUCAAGGGGACGUCGUCGACGCCGGUGGCCGUGCGGCUCCGGUGCGGCGUGCCGUGCCAGGGCGUCGUGCUGCAGGACGUGGACCUGAAGUACAUGGGAGAGGGAGGGUCCUCGUCGAAGUGCGAGAACGCCAUGGCCACGUACGUUGGCUACCAGCACCCAGAGCCAUGCGCCUAGUCGGCCGAUUUGAUUCUGGUGGAUGCUGGUGCGACCUCAAUUUAGUUCUCCUUUACUUCUUUUCCUGUUGCUUCGAAUGUUUUGUGUGUGUGCGGCAUUAGGGAGCCGCCAAUUGCUGGCGUCUACGCCUCUACGGAGUACUUGCCUAGCUGCUCAAUCAGAGAACUCGAUCGUCUGACAAGUGGGCUCUGUGCUUAUGUUGACGAUCAGUGUUCUUA